CCUCUCUCCCUCCCUUCUUCCCUCGCAGCCGAGGAGGCAGCAAUUACGCUUUGGGGAUAAAACGAGGCGCGGAGAGCAGGCUGGGCAUUUCUCCCUGAGAUGGCGGGUCCGACAGCUACAGCCCUGUGGCCUGGAGUCCUCCUGCUCCUGCUGUCCAUCAUCCACCCCUCGCAGCCUGGAGGGGUCCCAGGAGCUAUUCCUGGAGGACUUCCCGGAGGACUUCCUGGAGGACUUCCCGGAGGAGGCUUUUUCCCAGGGACUGGUAUCGGAGGCCUGGGAGGAGGAGGGCUGGGGCCUGGAGGCAAACCGCCCAAGCCAGGGGCUGGACUCCUUGGGGGAUUUGGACCAGGUGCUGGAGGGCUCCCAGGAGGGGCAGGGCUCGGCGCCUUUCCUGGGGGCGCCUUCCCGGGGGUUCUACCGCCUGGGGUUAGCGCUUCUGCAGCCUAUAAAGCUGCAGCCAAAGCUGGUGCUGGGCUUGGCGGUGCUGCUGGUGUCGGCGGGCUUGGCGUCGGCGGGCUUGGUGUCGGUGGACUUGGUGGUGUCGGUGGACUCGGUGGCUUAGGAGUGUCUACAGGUGCAGUGGUGCCUUCCGGAGUGGGAGUCGGAGCUGGAGUGAAGCCUGGGAAAGUGCCGGGUGUGGGUCUACCAGGUGUAUACCCAGGUGGAGUGCUCCCAGGCACAGGAGCUCGGUUCCCAGGUGUGGGGGUGCUCCCUGGGGUUCCCACUGGAACAGGAGUCAAGCCCAAGGCCCCAGGUGGAGGGGGAGCUUUUGCUGGAAUCCCAGGAGUUGGACCCUUUGGGGGUCAGCAGCCUGGAGUCCCACUGGGGUACCCGAUCAAGGCACCCAAGCUGCCAGGUGGCUACGGACUGCCCUACAGCACGGGGAAACUGCCCUAUGGGUAUGGGCCUGGAGGAGCGGCUGGCGCCGGGGCCAAGACUGGGUACCCAACAGGGACAGGGGUUGGUCCCCAGGCUGCAGCAGCAGCAGCUAAAGCAGCAAAGUAUGGUGCUGGAGGAGCCGGAGUUCUUUUCCUGGGAUUGGAGGCGUUGGAGGUAGUGUCUGUUCCAGCAGGGGGUGGGGUGUCCUGGAGAAGGCCACGGGGAAAGGCCUCACCCUCUGUGGCUGUCUUUCCAGGGGUCGGGGCUGCUGCGAAGGCGGCUGCAAAGGCAGCUAAAUAUGGAGCUGCUGGAGGCUUGGUACCUGGUGGCCCAGGAGUUGGAGUCCCUGGUGUUGGAGUCCCUGGUGUUGGGGGAAUCCCAGGUGUUGGAGUCCCAGGUGUUGGGAUCCCAGGUGUUGGAGGAGUCCCAGGUGUUGGAAUCCCAGGUGUUGGAGGAGUCCCAGGUGUUGGGAUCCCAGGUGUUGGAGUCCCAGGGGCUGUGUCACCAGCUGCAGCUGCUAAAGCAGCCGCCAAAGCAGCCAAAUAUGGGGGCAGAGCCGGAGUGGGAGUUGGUGCUGGGGGCUUUCCGGGCUACGGCGGUCUUGGAGCUGGAGUCGGUGGUCUUGGAGCUGGAGUCGGUGGUCUUGGAGCUGGAGUCGGAGGUGUCCCUGGAGCUGGCAUUUCCCCUGCAGCCCAGGCAGCCGCAGCCGCCAAGGCAGCUAAGUAUGGUGCUGGAGGAGCAGGAGGUCUGGGCGGGCUGGUGCCAGGUGCCAGAGGCAUUGUACCAGGUGUGCCGGGCAUCGGAGGGGUGCCGGGCAUCGGAGGGGUGCCGGGCAUCGGAGGGGUGCCAGGAGCUGGAACCCCAGCAGCUGCAGCCGCCAAAGCAGCUGCCAAAGCUGCUCAAUAUGGGUUAGGCCCUGGCGCUGGCGUUGGCGGGGUUCCCGGCCUUGGCGUUUUCCCCGGUGCUGGCGGGGUUCCUGGUCUUGGCAUUGGCCCCGGCGGCGUUACAGGAGCAGGGACCCCGGGUGCCGCCAAAUCUGCUGCUCAAUUGGCCGCCAAAGCCCAGCUCCGGGCUGCCGCUGGCCUUCCUGCUGGCGUUCCUGGAUUUGGAGCUGGUGCUGGCGUUCCCGGAUUUGGAGCUGGUGUUCCCGGAUUUGGGGCUGGUGCUGGUGUUCCUGGCUUUGGGGCAGGUGCGGGUGCAGUACCUGGAUCCUUGGCUGCUGCUAAAGCAGCCAAAUAUGGAGCAGGAGGGCCUGGGGGCCUUGGCGGGGUUGGAGGCCUUGGUGGUCUUGGUGGAGUAGGUGUCCCAGGUGGUGUGGCAGGAGCCGGACCUGCUGCUGCGGCUGCUGCCGCCAAGGCUGCUGCCAAAGCUGGCCAAUAUGGCCUUGGGGGAGCCGGUGGACUCGGAGCUGGCGGGCUCGGAGCUGGAGGACUGGGACUUGGAGGUGUCCCAGGGGCUGGGGGCUUUGGAGGUGUGUCCCCAGCUGCAGCUGCUAAAGCAGCCAAAUAUGGUGCCGCUGGCCUUGGAGGCGUCCUAGGAGCUGCCAGGCCAUUCCCUGGUGCAGGAGUUGGAAGACCUGGCUUCGGAUUGUCUCCUAUUUUCCCAGGUGGCGGAGCCGGAGUCGGGGCUGGGGGCCUGGGAGUUGGCGGCAAACCUCCCAAGCCCUAUGGAGGUGCCCUGGGAGCUCUAGGGUACCAAGGUGGAGCCUGCCUGGGGAAAUCCUGUGGCCGGAAGAGAAAGUGAGCUUCCCAGGACCCCUGACUCACGACCUCAUCAACGUUGGUGCUACUGCUUGGUGGAGAAUGUAAACCCUUUGUGACCCUCCCCUCUACGCCCCCGCCUACGUCCCACCUCUGGAGGGGACAGGGCUGGCCGGGCGGACUUGGAAAUCCACAGGACAAGGAAACAAGAGAACGGUGGCCAAGUGGGCCCUGGGAAGACCCUACUUCAGAGGCGAGGGGUGGGUGGGCUUGGCCCCCUGCCCCCACCCCCUUCCCACCCAGGAGCUCCCCCUCCAUACACUCUCCAUCUCCAGGGGAACUCGGUGCUAAGUGCUGGUGCUUUCAUCUUCCCAGGGGAGGGAGGAGGGCAGGGCAGCCCCUCUGGAAGCCCCCUCCCUGGGGCUCCUCUGAAAAUGGUGCAGACACUUCCUAGGCAGUCCCACCUCCCCCUGCCCACCAGGACCCACCCCUGGCUGCGGUCCAGUUGGUACCCAAGCAUCACAAACCUCAAGCUGGAUUCGGUCACACCAUCUCUUGGCCCCGUUGGCUCCCUUUUCCUCCACCAAUCACUGUUCCCUAUAUCGGGGGCACCUCAGAUCAGAAGAACCCCAAUGGGAAUAGCCCUCUUUCUCUUGUGGAAUUCAUCCGCCCAUCUGUCCAUCCAUCCAUCCAUCCAUCCAUCCUUGCCCUCAGUUGUCCACCUGGCACCACUAGCUGGCUGGGCACCCCAACCAUCAACCUGGUCAACCUGUAUGGCAGCAUGUGCCCUGCCUUUGCCCCCCCACACACACCCCUACAAAGGGGCCUAGGGUGUGAGGCGCGGUGCCAGCUGGGGCGGCAGGAACCUCCUCCCUAACCUGGGUCCCCCCACGCAGUACUGUAUCCCCCCAUCCAUCCCUCGAGCCACUGUACUUCACAGCAUCUCCCACCCUGCCCCGCCCAUCUCUUUGUGUCUCGCUGUGAUAGAUCAAUAAAUAUUUUAUUUUUUGUCCUGGA